CGAUCGGCCCACCUGAUGACGACGCCGCCCGGGGCCGCCGCCAUUGGUCAGGCGCCGAGCGGGGAGGGUUGCCAGGCGAUGUGGCGCGCGGCGCAGCGGUUGGCGGCGUCGGCAGCAGCUGUUGCUGCCGGGGCAGCCGGAGGAGAAGGCUCUGCAGCCCGCGCGCUCUCCGCUUCUGCUUCCUCCGCCUCCUCGUCUUCGUGGGGAAGCUUGUAUCGUCGCAGCCUCGGACAGGUGCUGCAGCCACUGCCGCCUCCUCAGUCUCGGCGGCCGCUUCCUUCGCUUUGCGUGAGUGCAGAGGCCGCGUGCCGGCCCGGGGACGGAACGCGUAUUUUUAUUAGGAGCAUCAAUACUGCAACCAUGCCUGAAAUAAAUACAAAUGAACUGGAUGAGCAGCAGGUAGAGUUGCUGGCAGAGAUGUGCAUCCUUAUUGAUGAAAACGACAACAAAAUUGGUUCAGAUACCAAGAAAAACUGCCACCUGAAUGAGAACAUUGACAAAGGACUGCUGCAUCGUGCUUUCAGUGUCUUCUUGUUCAAUACGGAGAAUAAACUGCUAUUGCAACAAAGAUCAGAUGCCAAAAUCACUUUCCCAGAUUGCUUCACCAACACUUGUUGCAGUCAUCCCCUGAACACUGUGCUUGAAGUAGAAGAAAAGAACGCAAUUGGCGUUCGAAGAGCAGCUCAGAGGCGCCUGAAAGAAGAGCUAGGAAUUCCAAUGGAACAGGUAACACCAGAAGAAAUCCUGUACUUAACCCGAAUUCACUACAAAGCUCAGUCCAAUGGGAUCUGGGGAGAACAUGAAAUCGAUUACAUCUUGUUUGUGCAGAAGAAUGUGACGCUGAAUGCAGAUCCCAAUGAAAUUAAAAGCUAUUGUUAUGUGUCACAGGAAGAACUGAAAGAACUCCUGGAAAAAGCAUCCCGAAAUGAAAUUAAGAUUACUCCAUGGUUCAAACUGAUUGCAGAGACUUUUCUCUUUAAAUGGUGGGAUAACUUGAAUAAUCUGAAUAGGUUUGUGGAUCAUGAAAAGAUUCACAGAAUGUAACAGCUUGUAGAAUAUGCUGCUCUAAAAACGAUAUAGUACCAUUUAAUACUGAUAAAUGGCAAUAUCUGAAGCACUAAUUAUAAGUUGACUGCAGCACAGGGAAUGAAUUAGGAAUAAGAAGAUAUCCUGUGAAGGGAAAUUGAUUUUAUCUCUGGCUGAUUGUUAAAGCUUGAGUCUUUUCUGCCUUUCAUUUCUUGGAGUAAUUAUUUGGAUUAUUAACAAGCUUUCAAUGGGAAUGUAUUUGUUGAUAUAAUCACUAGAAUCUGAGGUUUAAUACUGACUAGGCUACCAGUCAAGAUUGAAAGUUAAAUCUUAGCCAGGAUACCUCUCUAUUUUUCAGGGUAGGCUGUUUGCUGUACAAUAGGGAAGGAGUUAGUUAUUUAGUCAGAAAUCCCAUUAGAUACAGACAAACCCAAUGGAGUUCCCAGACUAGUUUUGUUCUUGGCUUAAUGCAGGGGAGGGGGGCGCUAACAUGUGACUCUCCAUCACUCCUAACUAGCAUAGCUGUUGAGAUUUCUGGUCCUAAAGGCUGCAUCUUGAAUGUCAGACUAAAGUCCAUGUUAGGGGAUAAAAGAAACAGUACUUACAUUCAAGAGUUGGCCUAUUUCAUCCACUCAUUUUCAGUUUUCUGGUGCGCUAGCAGUAUGGAGUAUGUGGGGUAAUAAGUAAGUGUGGUGUUAACUGCUCUAAUAGUACCUGUUCACUUGUAAACUGUGCAUGAUGAAAACCAUUACGGGGCAGAACUAGGUAGUAUUCAAAAUGUCAAGUGAGAAUUUGUACUUCAGUCGUCUCCAAAUGUGCCUUCCUUUUUUGAAUUAUUUGCUGUAAAAAGGAAAGGAAUUCUUGGGCCUGCCUAGUAACUCUUCACUUUACCUUGACUUAAGGGUGUUCCAUUUUCAGAUAUAACUAGAUAGUAAAAACUGUGCAUAUUCAGACAUUCUGCUGUGUUCCAGAAAGCUGCUGGUGUAUUUUUAAUCAUUAAAAUGACUGAAUCCUAACAAGUGAACUUAAUACUUCUUCAUGAAAAAAAUUAAUGUGUUCCAUUUAAAUUUUCCAUAACCUGUUGAAUUUAGGCUAGUUAAUAGAAAACCAAUUUUUGAGGAAUACAAUAUGACAAAUGUUAAUAAUUAUUGGACAGGCCCAUUGAGCUAAAUUUCUGACCUUAAAAAAUGCUUGUUCUUGAUCAGUGCCCCAUCUUGGAAGUUUUUUAGAAGCUCAACUGAAGUGUAAAAUGCAGAUCAAGGACGGUGUCCAAGAGGACACCAGCACUGCUAACAACCGGAGUCAAAGAGGCUGCUAUUCCUUCCAAAAAUGGAGGUCUUGCCCAAAUAAGGAAAACAAAAAGGAACACAAACUUUGGCAAAUGAGACAAUAAAGGUUCCUUAAAAAAAUGGAGCAGCACACUGCUAAAAACAUGAACAACAAAACAUUUAAAUACCUUUAAAUAGGAAGACAGUUGGUAUCUUGGAUGAAAAGGGAGCAAAAGGAGUGCUAGAGGUGGCUCAGAAUCCGAAUGAAUUCUCUGCUUUUGUUUUCACAGCAGAGGAUAUAGGACAGAUCCUGUACCUGAACUAACUUCUGCUAUCUGCGGUAAAUGAAAAACAGUUCUAGGCUUAAUAGACCAAAUAAAAACUAACAAUUGCCAGAUUGAGAUGGCAUCCACCUAAGGGUUUUAAAAAAAAUCAAAUGUGAUUUUCUAACAAAAAUAUGUAACUUUUGCCUCGGAUCAGCCUCCAUUUCUGGGAACUGGAAAGUAGCCAAUAUAACAUUAAUUUUAAAAAACUGAUCCAGGAGGAAUCCUGAAUUGGUCCAUCUAGCUCAGUACUGCCUAAGGGGGCUUCUAUAUGUUUCAAACCUGCUUAUAAAGUUAUGUGCUCAGCUCUGCGUGUAUCUUGAUAUUAUUAUAAAUUGCAACGUUUUGUUACCACUAAAUUUGUUAAUAUAGCUUUAUGAUAGAGCUGCUGCUUCCCAUAUCUAAUGAGAUGUAGUUAAAAUAGACCUUUGGGAAAUGAUACUUACUACCAGACCUCCAGGUAUUCAGUACAGAGAAAAAGUACCCCAGCAGAUUGAGAUAUGCAUCAUUUGGUAUGUACUUCUGCUGAAGUAACUGAAUGAAUGUUUGGGUUAUUUAUUUUAUACUUCAUUACGACAGAACUAACAAUAAAACCACAACUUUACUGGAAUAAAUUCUCCACAAAC